CGCGGCCGCUGUGUACAUGGUGAGGUCAACGGUCACCACGGUAGCUCCUCGUGGUUUUUCAACAUCUCUGAGCAUUUCACGUCAUGGGGCGUGAAAGAACGAAUCCCGUGCGGGAGUUCUUCGUUUACGAUAGAGAGAGCAACACGUCAAGAUGUCAGAUCGAGGGAUGUAACUUUGAUAUGAAGGGUGAUCACGCAGCAAAUUUAGAGCGCCACAUUCAACGUAUUCAUCCCGAUAUCUACGAGUCUCAUAUGCUGUCGAAACCAAGAUCCAGCAAAAGGCAACAAGACGCGACUGGAUGUCCAUCCAACAAGAGAUCCGCUUCACAGCAAAGCCUCGAGGAGGUUAUACGAAGGAAAGCCACGAAGAGUGCCGUUUCAAAGGCCAGUAUUGUCUCCGCUUGCGUGGAACUGGUCACCACAAAUGGACGUCCCUUCCAACUGAUGGAAGAUUCUGGAUUUCGUAACCUUUUGAAUCCCCUCAUAGAAAUUGCUGGCGGCGGUUUCGCGAUCAACUCUAAGAAUAUCCGCACAGAGGUCCGUGAGGUCGCGGCCAAAACACGUCAGCACAUCAGCGAAUCGCUGAGAUCCCGUCUUUUCAGCUUGAAGAUUGACUGUGCCACCCGCAUGGACAGAGCCGUUUUGGGUAUCAAUGCGCAGUAUAUUGAAAAUGGAAAAAUUGUUGUACAGACACUUGCGAUGAAGGAGUUGUACGAGCGGCACACCGCACAAUACAUCACACUCCAAGUCCAAGAUGUGCUCGCGAGAUACGAGCUUGGGGUGAACCAAGUGUACAGCUUGACUACAGACAACGGUAGCAACAUGUUAAAAGCAGCGAGUUUGUUGAACGACGAGAGCUCUCGUGCGGCUGGCGACUACGAUGACGCCUCUACGAGCGAUGACAUUUCUAUGGACAUUGACGAAGAGUUCUGCCUCACCGGCGAGCAUCAGGAUGUACGACAAAUACAUAGCAUACGAUGUGCAGCACACACGCUGCAGUUGGCGGUGAACGACGCUUUAAAACAUGGGAUGACUAUUGAUAUAUUCGCGAAGUGUCGCAAUAUCUCAAAGAAGCUACGCACACAGACACUUAUGUCUCUCAUUCGCAAGCUUAAGCUGAAGAAACCAAUCUUGGACUGCGUUACACGGUGGAUGUCUACUGUAAUUAUGCUCCGACGCCUCACUGAGCUGAGGGGGUUUUGCGACGACAUGUUCGGUACGGACAAUGAGCUUCGCCUGCAAGAUGACGAGUGGAAAGCCGUGGAUGAUGCCAUAGAGGCUUUGGCGCCCGCCGAAGAGGCCACAAAGAGGCUUCAGACUGAGCAGUUGACCCUUGGGGACUUUUAUUCUUUGUGGAUAGCGUGCAGGGAGAGAACGGCAAAGCUGACAUCUGCUCUGGCAUCCAGUCUUGCAGCGUCCAUGCGGUCAAGAGAGACGCGUUUAUUUGAAGGCGAGCUGUUCUGCUCAGCUAUUUUCUUGGACGUCCGGUACCACGUGCUCUUGUCUGACGACCAACGGACGAAAGCGAAGCUGCACCUCACAAGGCUGUGGAAACGUCUAGCACCACCUUCAGCCCGGAGUAGGUCGGCACCAUCUGAAACCACUAGUUCUGAAGAACACGCAGGAGAAAUAACCGAUGAAGUUGAGGAGCUCCUUAGACAAAAAGAUCGUGUCCGACCUACUGCGACUCCCAUCCACUCCAUAUCAUCAAUGCUCGAGGCGACCGAGGCAAAGCCAAGGAUCAAUAAACAUGUGGACAUCCUCAAGUAUUGGGAAUGCCAAACAGAAAAAGAACCCGAAAUGAAGGCGCUGGCGGACGUUGUCCUUGCUGUGCCCGCCACUCAAGUUAGUGUCGAAAGGGCGUUUUCUGCUCUCAAAUACAUACUAUCUGACCAGCGCGCCAGCCUUGCACCCGACAUCCUGGAAGACAUCCUUGUUGUGCGUUCAGCCCGUUCAGCAUCGACACCUGCUUAUUCUGUGUGUUCGUAAGUGUUAAGCGCUUGUGUGAGAGAGUCUACACUCAGUCUCUACGCACUCAGAACGAGACCUGCAAGAGGGCUUGCAUAACCGUGCUUUUUACUUUCGUGCUUUCUUCUCUUUUUUCUUUAGAAAUUCACCUUUCGCACUGGAGGUAUGCUGUACGCCAUUACCCAGUACUUUUCGGUACA